AUAAACUGCGAGCAGAGUCUGACUUUAAAACUCAUAUAAGCCUAAGGAUAAGCCUUGUAGAAACCUAGCACUUCAAGAGAAGCAUGGAGCAAGCAAAGAAACAUUUGGUGUUAAUUUCCAUUUUCAUCAUCCUUCUCAAUAUUGCAACCAAUAAGGCCUUAUCGCAGCCACUCCAUAAUCCUAGCAAGCAUUUUGUGCUAGUUCACGGGGCAGGCCAUGGUGCCUGGUGUUGGUACAAACUUGUGCCUCUAUUAAGAUCAUCAGGUCACAAUGUUACCACUAUAGAUUUAGCAGCUUCUGGGAUUGACCCGCGGCAGAUUAGCGAUCUUCAAUCAAUAUCUGACUAUAUUAGGCCGUUGAGAGAUCUUCUGGCAUCUCUACCACCAAAUGAAAAGGUUAUCCUUGUUGGUCAUAGCUUAGGGGGAUUGGCACUUUCUCAAACCAUGGAGAGACUUCCAAGCAAGAUUUCCGUGGCUGUUUUCCUUACUGCCGUCAUGCCAGGCCCUUCCCUUAACAUUUCCACUCUUAGUCAAGAGCUUGCAAGAAGGCUAACUGAUAUGUUAGACACCCGCUACACAUUCGGUAAUGGCCCGAAUAACCCACCAACAUCUCUUACCUUUGGGCCCAAAUACCUACUUUUAAGAUUGUAUCAGCUCAGUCCAAUUGAGGACUGGACAUUGGCCACAACACUGAUGAGGGAAACACGUCUAUUUACUGAUCAAGAAUUGUCAAGGGACCUUGUACUAACGAGGGAGAAAUAUGGCUCGGUUAAAAGAGUUUUUAUCAUUGCAGAGAAAGAUUUGACCUUGGAGAAAGAUUUUCAACAAUGGAUGAUCCAAAAAAAUCCACCCAAUGAAGUGAAAGAGAUACUAGGAUCCGAUCACAUGUCCAUGAUGUCUAAACCUAAGGAACUUUGGGCUUGUCUGCAAAGAAUUUCUAAGAAAUAUAAUUGAUGCCCAUAUAUUUCUAGGAUUAUAUAUGAAUAAUAAAUUAAAAUAAGGUGUUUCCGUUACUGCCUCAACAUUUCUACUCUUAAUAAAGAGCUACUGGGUAAUUGCGUUUUUUUCCUUGCUCUUAA